AAGCAGCUAAAAGGUAGCCAAAAACCCCCCUACAUUAUUCUUACUUGGUUGCAUACUCUGGAAAGUUUCAGCAGCCAAGGAGUUAAGCAAGGGUUUUGUUUUUUUCUCCCUCCACAUCAUUCACUCUGCUCUGUUAGCAACUAAAGGUUACAGUCAUAGCAAUACUAUCUUUAAGCAGCACAAUGCAGUCGCUACAGAUUUCAAAGCCUAGUUUCACUGCCUUUAAAGGCUGUGUCAGAACAGUGAACAAAAAUUCGGAGAAGCUCAAGCUUUCUCUUGUCAUUACGUAAAAGAGACUGCCUUUUCUGAGUGCUUGGGGGCCACUGCAGAAUAAACUAUUAAGCACUAAGAAAUGCUAGACUAAAUCCUAACAAAAAAAUUCUGUUAAUAUUUAACCUAUUUAAUCCAAUGUGAGGUCUCCACAUAAGCAACAGAAUGAAGAACUUAAUCUGAUUUUCACCUGAAGGGCAAUGGGACUUCAUACAUUCAUAAAAUUCUGCUGCUAACAUCUGGCUCCUCUUCUGCAAGAAUAUGUACAGAUCGAGCACAACAGGGAAACGGAUACAAAAUUGAAGCAAAAUCUUCCAAAGAAUGGAUUAAUAAGCAGAAGAGGAAAAAGGCAUUCUUCCAGUACGAAAUCCUGCGCAAACCAAUAAGUGAACAGUAAACUAUGAUCAAAAGAAAGUGGCUGCAGAACAAAAAUGAACCAGCUUGAUGCAGCAAAAUCAGGAUUUUUAGUAUGCCUUGGCGUGUCUAUUUUUAUCCUCACUUUCAUCUAUGUAAAGAACACACUUCCUAAAGAAUCAAGUGAAAAGCCAGAUGUGGAAGAAUGUGGCGUUUAUCCAGAUGAACUUUGUUCAGCUCUGUUUGAGGGCAAAAGCGCAGCACCUCAGAUUGGGAAUUUGUGUCAGAGUAUUCAUCAACCCAAAAUGCUCUAUUGUAUACAGACUCCAUGCAACUGCUCUGCUGUCCUGAAGAAUUUGCAUUUCAUAACAAAACCACUGUCUGAAGAAGAAAAAAACUUCUCUUUGGCAUACAUCAUCACAAUUCACAAGGAGUUAGAAAUGUUUGUAAAACUACUACGAGCCAUUUAUGUGCCUCAGAAUGUUUACUGCAUUCACAUUGAUGAGAAAACACCCAAGGAUUACAAAGCUGCUGUGCAAACCAUAGUCAACUGCUUUGAAAACAUAUUUAUAUCAUCAAAAAGAGAAAGUGUUGUUUAUGCAGGAUUUUCAAGGCUACAAGCAGACAUCAAUUGUAUGAAGGACCUGAUUAAAUUCAACAGUCAGUGGAAUUAUGUUAUUAAUCUAUGUGGCCAGGAUUAUCCUAUCAAAACAAACAAAGAAAUUAUACAAUAUAUUAAAAGCAAAUGGAAUGGUAAAAAUAUAACUCCUGGGGUGGUCCAACCACCGCAUAUAAAAUACAGGACGCGUGUUAGUUACAAAGAAUACGUCCAUUCUGGAAAAUCCUAUGUGUAUCCAACUAAGAAUGUGAAAAAUAAUCCCCCUCAUAAUUUAACCAUAUAUUUUGGGAGUGCUUACUACGUACUUACUCGAGAGUUUGUAGAGUUUACACUGACUGAUGUACGAGCAAAAGAUUUGCUUGAAUGGUCAAGGGACACAUACAGUCCAGACGAACACUACUGGGUCACACUGAAUCGUUUAACUGAUUCUCCAGGUGCCACACCAAAUGCAGGCUGGGAAGGAAAUAUACGGGCUAUUAAAUGGAAAGAUCAAGAAGGAGUUAAUCAUAAUGGCUGCAAAGGACAUUACAGCAGAAAUAUUUGUAUUUAUGGACUGGGGGAUUUACAAUGGAUCAUUGAAUCACCUCAUUUAUUUGCCAACAAGUUUGAGCCUGGAAAGUACCCCCUUGUUAUGGACUGUCUGGAGAGGCGAUUCAGGCUUAAAGUACUGCAGCAAGCUGAAGUCCCAAUAGAAGCACACUGGCGUUUUCAGGAAACAAAUUAUUUUAACAUGAAGCUGAACAACUGAAUCCAUCCAGUAUCUGAAUUGGGGGACAAAGAAUGGCAAAAAACUACUGAGAUAUUUUUAAAACGCAGACUUCAUCAUGUACAUCAGAGUUAGAGAACAUGCAGACCCAUUCUGUUGUUCGCUUACUACAAUCUCUGGCAAUAAAACUGCAAGAAGCUUCCUAAUUAAAUUAAAAAACCCUUGGUUAUUGAAUAGAGAACAAUCAGCAUCAUUAAAAAAAAAACUGCAUCUAAGAAAGAAGGUUAUCAAAUAUGUUAACAAAUGCUUUGGAAGGUAUGGAAGAGUGACACAUGCAAAAAGAAAAAACAGACUGAAGAAAAAGACAGAAUAUUAAUUUUUCAAAGUUUAAUUUCAGUGGUGUCUACUGUCUAAUAAACCAAGUUAUUCUGAAUAAAGGGAGCAGUUUACAUUACAUUGUAAAAGUGGCAAUGCAAGGUGAAAAAAAUUACUGAGAUAUUUUUAAGCUUACUAGACUUGCAUGUAACACCUAAAUUAUUAACAAUGAAAAAAUAGUAGAAUAUUAGUUUUCCAGCUCACUUUUUAAAAUUGUAUUUACCAGCACUUUGUAUGUAGGUAAUGUCACUGUUUUGUUGAUGACCACUUGCACUGCCUGUCACCAUGCAGUGCAUGAGACAACACUCAUGCACUCUUCUGGUGAAAACUUAGACAUGCACUUUUCACUAAAGGAUACUUGUCAAAAGCGUUAACAGGGAUGCCCACUAUUUGUAUUUGAAGUGAAAAGGGCACCCUUUCUUAGGGACACAUGUAUGGAUUAUGGGGAACAACGGAAAUGUAGGUAAGACCAGGAGGUAUGGUGAACACCUGGGGAAGUGGCCCCAAUUUUUCAUCUUGCAGAGCAGAUGCACGAAUGUAUAUGCUGGUAGUUGGCUUCCCUCAGACAUCUCUGCAUACAACUACAAAUGUUAUAGAAGAUCUAGCAGCAUCCAGCAAAUGGACACCACCUUUAAACCUCUCUGGGGACCAAAGGAAACAAUGGCCUGCGGCGGUUGGAAAAAUGACACCCCCCCCUCACCUCCUAGGCACAAAUCAGAUCACAGAGGCAGACCAGAUUCAACGCGGUUGUGAACAUGAGUUGGUCUCCACUCCCCAUGUUCUGAACAGUGGACUUUUUUCUCUUAGCCUUUCCUACGAGGCCUUAUUUCAAUGGCACGCUGCUGAAUGGAGUGGAGGAGUGUGGGGCAGAAAUGUAUCUGGUAUUGUUCUCAGGCCUACCCCACUCUUCCCGGAUUGAGAGGCUCUUAUAAACGAACACCAGGAAGAGAUAGGAAAGACCCUCCCCUCCACUCUUUUUACUUUGAUUAUUGUUUUGUAAAAUUCUGUUUAGACUAUGUUGUUGAUGAGAAAACCUCCAGGCUUUAAAAAUAAAUGUUUCUGUCUAUCCUUCUAUGAAAACCCCCAAGCUUACUCCCUUCCUUCCUUCCUACACAUAUAAACAUUAAAAAAAAACCCAACCACAAUUUGGAGGCUUAUUUUGGUCUCUGUCUCUCAAAAAGCUUGGAGGUUCUCUCAUCAACAGACACACAUGCACACGAAUUCAGGCUAAGUUACUGACGAUUGAAUGCUAGGAUAAACUUGUAUUUUUAAUAGUAUUUUUUUUUUAAAUCAAGUUGUCAGCCUCCCUGUAAGCAGUGUUUCUU